CCUCCUUGUCGUCAUUUACCGAAGAGAACAAAAAAAAAAAAACAGAAUUCUGUCUAGAUGCCAAGAUCAAGAACUUGUGUCUUGAUUCUUUUAUUGCCUCUAGCCUUGGUCUUGUACCUUUACAAGUACCUGCCUUCUCCAGCUAUUGUCGAACAAUCAUCAUACAGCUCCAUCUACCACAUCUCCGUUAAGGACAUUGAAGGGAAUGAUGUGAGUUUAAGCAAGUUCACUGGAAAGGUGCUUCUUAUUGUCAAUGUAGCCUCUAAGUGUGGUUUAACACAAGGAAACUACAAAGAGUUGAACAUUUUGUAUGCUAAGUACAAAACUAAGGGGCUUGAGAUCUUAGCGUUUCCCUGUAACCAAUUUGGAGGUCAAGAGCCAGGUAGCAACAAGGAGAUUAAGGAAAACAUUUGCACAACGUUCAAAGGAGAGUUCCCCAUCUUUGACAAGAUUGAAGUGAAUGGAGAGAAUGCUUCACCUCUAUACAAGUUCUUAAAAGAACAAAAAGGCGGAUUGUUUGGGGAUUCUAUUAAGUGGAACUUUGCAAAGUUUCUGGUAGACAAACAAGGAAAUGUUGUGGAUAGAUAUGCUCCUACAACAUCACCUCUUGAGAUUGAGAAGGACAUAGAGAAGCUAUUGGCAUCUGCUUGA